UAAAAGGACAAGAAUGAAAAGGCCUCUUAGUUAGAAAAAUGAAUUAAAAGAAUUAUUUUUUUAUUUAAGAAUAAUUUUUACAGCAGAAAGUGGAAAUGUUUACAGAAACAUAAAGAAUAUGAUCAUGAAAACUUACAGAAUAAGAUGUAACAGACAUGUUUUCUGUUUUUAAAAUUUAAAUUCAGAAAAGUUCCAAAACAGGAUUCAAUUAAAAAAAUUUUAACAAAGCAAUCAUUUACACAGGAGGAUAUAUGAAAACUUACAAUGUUUCAAGCUUUUAAGUCAACCACUCCUGCAUAUCAGUCACUACCUAAUCACCUUCCAGCAGAAUCAGAGGAGAAGUUUAAAGGUACUUUGGUGCAUGAAGUUCAUCUCAACUGUUUCUACAUCUCACAUGAAGGUUCCAACUAUGGGAGCCCUCGCCCAGCUCAUGCCAACAUGAAUGCCAAUGCCGCGGCAGGGCUUGCUCCUGAGCACAUCCCCACCCCGGGAGCGGCCCUAUCAUGGCAGGCGGCCAUUGAUGCUGCCCGGCAAGCCAAGCUGAUGGGCAGCGCUGGCAAUGCUACCAUCUCCACUGCCAGUUCUACUCAGCGGAAACGGCAGCAGUAUGGAAAGCAGAAGAAACAAGGAAGCACAACAGCCACUCGCCCACCCCGUGCAUUGCUGUGCCUGACCCUGAAAAACCCCAUCCGAAGAGCGUGUAUAAGCAUUGUUGAAUGGAAAUCAUUUGAAAUCAUUAUUUUACUGACAAUUUUUGCCAAUUGUGUGGCCUUAGCGAUCUAUAUUCCCUUUCCAGAAGAUGAUUCCAAUGCCACCAAUUCCAACCUGGAACGAGUGGAAUAUCUCUUUCUCAUCAUUUUUACAGUUGAAGCAUUUUUAAAAGUAAUAGCCUAUGGACUUCUCUUUCACCCCAAUGCUUACCUCCGCAAUGGUUGGAAUUUACUAGAUUUUAUAAUUGUGGUAGUAGGGCUGUUUAGUGCAAUUUUAGAACAAGCAACCAAAGCAGAUGGGGCAAAUGCAUUAGGAGGAAAGGGGGCUGGAUUUGAUGUAAAGGCCCUGAGGGCUUUCCGAGUGCUGCGCCCCUUACGUCUGGUGUCUGGAGUACCAAGUCUACAAGUGGUUUUAAAUUCCAUCAUCAAGGCCAUGGUCCCGCUGCUGCAUAUUGCCCUGCUUGUGCUAUUUGUCAUAAUCAUCUAUGCCAUCAUUGGACUGGAGCUCUUCAUGGGGAAGAUGCACAAGACUUGCUACAACCAAGAGGGUUUAACAGAUGCCCCAGUAGAAGAUGACCCCUCUCCUUGUGCCCUUGACACGGGACAUGGACGGCAGUGCCAGAAUGGUACAAUAUGUAAAGCAGGGUGGGAUGGACCCAAACACGGCAUCACCAACUUCGACAAUUUCGCCUUCGCCAUGUUAACGGUGUUCCAGUGCAUUACAAUGGAGGGUUGGACAGAUGUGCUGUACUGGGUCAAUGAUGCCGUAGGAAGGGACUGGCCCUGGAUCUAUUUUGUUACACUAAUCAUCAUAGGGUCAUUUUUUGUUCUUAACUUGGUUCUCGGUGUCCUUAGCGGAGAGUUUUCCAAAGAGAGGGAGAAGGCAAAGGCUCGGGGAGACUUCCAAAAGCUGCGAGAGAAGCAGCAGCUGGAAGAAGAUCUCAAGGGCUACCUGGACUGGAUCACUCAAGCUGAAGAUAUUGACCCUGAGAAUGAAGAUGAAGGCAUGGAUGAGGAGAAGCCCAGAAACAUGAGCAUGCCCACAAGUGAGACAGAAUCCGUCAACACUGAAAACGUGGCUGGAGGCGACAUCGAAGGAGAGAACUGUGGGGCGAGGCUGGCGCAUCGAAUCUCCAAAUCAAAGUUCAGUCGCUAUUGGCGCCGAUGGAACCGGUUCUGCAGAAGGAAGUGCCGGGCAGCAGUCAAAUCCAAUGUUUUCUACUGGCUUGUUAUUUUCCUUGUGUUCCUCAACACCCUUACCAUUGCCUCAGAACACUACAACCAGCCCCACUGGCUCACAGAAGUCCAAGACACUGCCAACAAGGCCCUGCUGGCUCUUUUCACUGCAGAGAUGCUGCUGAAGAUGUACAGCCUUGGCCUCCAGGCCUAUUUUGUGUCUCUGUUCAACCGCUUUGACUGCUUCAUCGUGUGUGGAGGAAUCCUGGAGACCAUCCUGGUAGAGACCAAGAUCAUGUCCCCCCUGGGGAUCUCCGUGUUGAGAUGUGUCCGGCUGUUGAGGAUAUUUAAAAUCACAAGGUAUUGGAACUCCUUGAGCAACCUGGUAGCAUCAUUACUGAAUUCGGUGCGAUCAAUUGCCUCACUCUUGCUGCUCCUCUUUCUCUUCAUCAUCAUCUUCUCUCUCCUGGGGAUGCAGCUCUUUGGUGGAAAGUUCAACUUCGAUGAGAUGCAGACCCGGAGGAGUACAUUCGAUAAUUUCCCCCAGUCUCUUCUCACUGUGUUUCAGAUCCUGACCGGGGAGGACUGGAAUUCGGUGAUGUAUGAUGGGAUCAUGGCUUAUGGAGGGCCCUCUUUUCCAGGGAUGUUAGUCUGUAUUUACUUCAUCAUCCUUUUCAUCUGUGGAAACUACAUCUUGCUAAAUGUGUUCUUGGCUAUUGCUGUGGACAAUCUGGCUGAUGCUGAGAGCCUCACAUCUGCCCAGAAAGAAGAGGAAGAGGAAAAAGAAAGGAAGAAACUAGCCAGGACUGCCAGCCCUGAGAAGAAGCAAGAGGUGGAAAAGCCAGCUGUGGAGGAGACUAAAGAGGAAAAAAUUGAGCUAAAGUCAAUUACUGCUGAUGGGGAAUCUCCACCUACCACUAAGAUCAAUGUGGAUGACCUCCAACCCAAUGAAAAUGAGGAGAAAGGUCCCUAUCCCAACCCAGAAGCUGGAGGAGAAGAAGAGGAGGAGGAGCCUGAGAUGCCUGUGGGUCCACGCCCCCGCCCACUCUCUGAGUUGCACCUCAAGGAGAAGGCAGUACCCAUGCCAGAAGCCAGUGCAUUUUUCAUCUUUGGCCAUAACAACAGGUUCCGUCUUCAGUGCCACCGAAUUGUCAACAACAACGUCUUUACCAACUUGAUCCUCUUCUUCAUACUGCUUAGCAGCAUCUCCCUGGCUGCUGAGGACCCAGUCCGGCACAACUCCUUUCGGAACCAAAUUCUGUUUUAUUUUGAUAUAGUUUUUACUACCAUUUUCACCAUUGAAAUUGCUCUGAAGAUCCUAGGCAAUGCAGACUAUGUCUUCACUAGUAUCUUUACAUUAGAAAUUAUCCUUAAGAUGACCGCCUAUGGGGCUUUCCUCCACAAGGGCUCUUUCUGCAGGAACUACUUCAACAUCUUGGACCUGCUCGUGGUCAGCGUGUCCCUGAUCUCCUUCGGUAUCCAGUCCAGUGCCAUCAAUGUUGUCAAGAUCUUAAGAGUUCUUAGAGUUCUCAGACCCCUGAGAGCAAUCAACAGAGCCAAGGGACUAAAGCAUGUGGUCCAGUGUGUGUUUGUUGCUAUCCGAACCAUAGGGAACAUUGUGAUUGUCACCACACUUCUGCAGUUCAUGUUUGCCUGCAUUGGGGUACAGCUGUUCAAGGGUAAACUCUACACCUGUACAGACAGUUCCAAACAGACUGAGGCAGAAUGCAAGGGCAACUAUAUCACAUACAAAGAUGGUGAAGUAGACCAUCCCAUUAUCCAGCCCCGAAGUUGGGAGAAUAGCAAAUUUGACUUUGACAAUGUCUUGACAGCCAUGAUGGCCCUCUUUACUGUUUCCACCUUUGAGGGGUGGCCAGAGCUUCUGUACCGAUCCAUCGACUCACACACUGAAGAUAAGGGACCCAUCUACAACUACCGAGUAGAGAUCUCCAUCUUCUUCAUCAUCUACAUCAUUAUCAUCGCCUUCUUUAUGAUGAAUAUCUUUGUGGGUUUCGUCAUUGUCACCUUCCAGGAGCAGGGAGAACAGGAGUACAAGAACUGUGAACUGGACAAGAACCAGCGGCAGUGUGUUGAGUACGCCCUUAAGGCUCGGCCCUUGAGAAGGUACAUCCCCAAGAAUCAACACCAGUACAAAGUGUGGUAUGUGGUUAAUUCCACAUAUUUUGAGUACCUGAUGUUCAUCCUCAUCCUUCUCAACACCAUCUGCUUGGCCAUGCAGCACUACGGUCAGAGCUGUCUUUUCAAAAUCGCCAUGAACAUUCUCAACAUGCUCUUCACUGGCCUCUUCACCGUCGAGAUGAUCCUGAAGCUCAUUGCAUUCAAACCCAAGGGUUACUUUAGUGAUCCUUGGAAUGUUUUUGACUUCCUGAUCGUAAUUGGAAGCAUUAUUGACGUCAUUCUCAGUGAGACUAAUCACUAUUUCUGUGAUGCAUGGAAUACAUUUGACGCCUUGAUUGUUGUGGGUAGCAUUGUUGAUAUAGCAAUCACCGAGGUAAACCCAACUGAACAUACCCAAUGCUCUCCCUCUAUGAAUGCAGAGGAGAACUCCCGGAUCUCCAUCACCUUCUUCCGUCUUUUCCGUGUCAUGCGUCUCGUCAAGUUGCUGAGCCGUGGGGAGGGCAUCCGGACCCUGCUUUGGACUUUCAUCAAAUCUUUCCAGGCUCUACCCUAUGUGGCUCUUCUAAUAGUGAUGUUGUUCUUCAUCUACGCUGUCAUUGGAAUGCAGGUAUUUGGCAAAAUUGCCCUGAAUGAUACCACAGAAAUCAAUCGGAACAACAACUUUCAGACCUUCCCUCAAGCUGUGCUGUUACUCUUCAGGUGUGCCACAGGGGAAGCAUGGCAAGAUAUCAUGCUAGCCUGCCUGCCAGGAAAGAAAUGUGCCCCUGAGUCUGAGCCGAAUAACACUACUGAAGCGGAAACACUCUGUGGCAGCAGUUUUGCUGUGUUCUAUUUUAUCAGUUUUUACAUGCUCUGUGCCUUCCUGAUCAUCAACCUCUUUGUAGCUGUUAUCAUGGACAACUUCGACUACCUGACAAGAGACUGGUCCAUCCUAGGUCCUCAUCACUUGGAUGAAUUCAAAAGGAUCUGGGCAGAAUAUGACCCUGAAGCCAAGGGUCGUAUCAAACACCUGGAUGUGGUGACCUUACUCCGGAGGAUCCAACCCCCACUUGGGUUUGGAAAGCUAUGCCCUCAUCGAGUAGCAUGCAAACGUCUGGUAUCCAUGAAUAUGCCUCUGAACAGUGAUGGGACUGUUAUGUUCAAUGCCACCUUAUUUGCCCUGGUCAGGACAGCCUUGAGGAUUAAAACAGAAGGGAAUCUGGAACAAGCCAAUGAAGAAUUGCGAGCAAUUAUCAAAAAAAUCUGGAAACGAACAAGCAUGAAGCUACUAGACCAAGUGGUACCCCCAGCAGGUGAUGAUGAGGUGACCGUUGGGAAGUUUUAUGCUACCUUCCUGAUCCAAGAGUAUUUCCGAAAAUUUAAGAAACGCAAAGAGCAAGGGCUAGUGGGCAAGCCCUCCCAAAGGAAUGCACUGUCACUUCAGGCUGGUCUUCGUACACUGCAUGACAUUGGACCAGAGAUUCGACGGGCCAUUUCUGGAGACCUGACAGCUGAGGAGGAGUUGGACAAGGCUAUGAAGGAAGCUGUUUCUGCUGCCUCUGAAGAUGACAUCUUUAGGAGGGCCGGUGGCCUGUUUGGCAAUCAUGUCAGCUACUACCAAAGCGAUGGUCGAAGCUCCUUCCCCCAGACCUUCACCACCCAGCGCCCACUGCAUAUCAACAAGGCGGGUAACAGCCAAGGUGACACGGAGUCGCCAUCCCAUGAGAAACUGGUGGAUUCCACAUUCACUCCCAGCAGCUACUCAUCCUCUGGUUCCAAUGCCAACAUCAACAACGCCAACAACACUGCCCUGGGCCGCUUCCCCUGUCCCACCGGUUACCCCAGUACGGUCAGCACAGUGGAGGGCCAUGGGACCCCCUUAUCCCCUGCCAUCCGGGUGCACGAGACAGCAUGGAAGCUCAGCUCCAGGAGAUACCACUCCCGGGACAGCCGGAUAGCCAUGGUGUGUCCAGAGGAGGCAGCCCCCAACAGGACCUAUGAAGGCAAUGUGAAUGAGGACACAGAAUACUGCAGUGAGCCCAGCCUGAUCUCCACUGAGAUGUUAUCCUAUCAGGAUGAUGAGAAUAGACAGCUGACACCACCAGAAGACAAGACCAGGCAGUCUACAAAGAGAGGAUUCCUCCACUCUGCCUCACUAGGUCGGAGAGCCUCCUUCCAUUUGGAGUGUCUAAAGAGACAAAAGAACCAAGGAGGAGACAUUUCUCAGAAGACAGUGCUGCCCUUGCAUCUGGUUCAUCACCAGGCAUUGGCAGUGACAGGCCUCAGCCCUCUCCUUCAGAGAAGCCAUUCUCCAAACACCACAUUCCCCAGGCCAAGUGCCACCCCCCCAGCAACUCCUCACGGCCAAGCCUGGCCCCUCCAGCCCAUUCCUACACUGUGGCUAGAAGGAGCUGAGUCUGUCGAGAAGCUCAACAGCAGCUUCCCAUCAGUCCACUGCAGCUCCUGGUAUGCAGAGAAUGCCAACUGCGGAGGCAGCAGGGGCAGCACCUCCCGGAGAGCCCGGCCAGUUUCCCUCACUGUGCCCAGCCAGGCUGGGGCAACUGGUAGACAAUUCCAUGGCAGUGCUAGCAGUCUAGUUGAAGCGGUCUUGAUUUCGGAAGGACUGGGACAAUUUGCGCAAGAUCCCAAGUUCAUCGAAGUCACAACCCAAGAACUUGCUGAUGCCUGUGAUAUGACAAUAGAGGAAAUGGAGAAUGCGGCUGACAAUAUCCUCAGUGGUAGCAGCAAGCAGAGCCCCAAUGGCAACCUAUUGCCUUUUGUUAACUGCAGGGACCCGGGGCAGGACCAAGCAGGUGGUGAGGAAGAAGAGGGAAUGCCCAACCCCGAAUGUCGAAAGAGUGAGGAGGAACUCCAGGACAGCAGGGUUUAUAUCAGCAGCCUGUAGUUGCUGGAGCUGUCAUGAUUCGGGGUUUUUUUUUAAUUUGUUUCAAUGUUCCUAAUAGGUUCGUUUCAGAAGUGCCUCACUGUUCUCGUGACCUGGAGUUAACCGGAACAGCGUUCUUCAUUCAUUUCUGUUGGGAUGAGAGACAGAGUUGGGUGGUGAUGAGAGAGAGCUUUUCAGGGGAAAGAGAAGCAACAACCCCAGUCCACAGGUGUAGAGUGGUGAGGAAGUGGAAGAAUAAGGGAGGGAGGAGGAAGAUAAUAGGUACCUUACCCCCUCCUUACUUCAGGCCCUAUACCAGAAAGUGACAGCUGCCUACUGUGCAAGAAGGGAAAUAUCAUUUCCUGUGGGCCACCCUCACCAAAAGGACCCUGCAUCAAACGGGUGUCUUUCAACUUUGCUUGUAAAAAAAUCAUUUUUGCACAUAUUCUGUAUGAGCCUCACUGUCUCCAUAGAGCCAGGGCCCUAUGGAUUUGGAAAAGGAAAUGGUGGCAUGACUUCUGCUGAAGAUCCCAACACUUUGCCAAAGGGGGAGGAAGAAGAGGAAGAAAGAGAUGGCAAGAGAAACUUUUAGGAGGGAGGAGCAGGAGGGUGGAAUGGGGAGUGCCUAGAGAAGCUACAAACCAAGACUCCUAGGAGGUUGGGUCAUACCUACCCCUUCAGGUUGGGGUCACAUUGCCUGCACAAGUCACAUAAAGCUUGCGCUAGCAGUGGUGCUGAGAAGUCAAGGCUUAUAGGGGGUUGGCACUGCCCACCAAUGUAGCUUACCUUACAAAGUAAGGUGGCACAGGGCUUCUGUAGAGUGCUCAUUUGUUUUUGCCAUUUUGAUAUUUUUCUUGGCAGCAUGUUCCAGUUUCCAUUUUUAAUUUUGAUUUCUGAGGGUUCAGGGAGGAGGGAGAGUGUUUACGGGGCUUUUUAGCCACCCACCUUAUCAUUUUCACUUUGGCAAAUGUAAAUCAGGUUUGGUUUCAUUGUAUUAUUUAAACAGUUGUGUUCUUGUUUAUUUUUGGUGAUGGUGGGAGGAGGGGGUCUUUUUCCCCAUUGGAGAUUCAUUAGGAGAGUUUUACCAACAUUUGUGUAUGCCCAAGACUUUAUUAUUUUCUUUCCUUUGAUAGUAACAGAAUGGGGGGGGGGGUUGUUCUAUAAUUUAAAGAGAGUAGGCAGUGCACUCAGUGUAAUCUUGCACAUGUGAGUGCUUGAAUUGGGUUCAUUUUCAAUUGGAUAUGUUCAUGGAGGCCAGAGAUAGAGGUAUGUAUGUGUGUGUGUGUGUUGAUGUGCCUAAUAGGUUGAGCUGGGUGACACUGCAUGGGUGUGUAUGUGUAUGUAUGCGGGCAUGCAUGUGCAGUUCUCCACUCUUUGGUUUAGCCCUAUAGGGAAAUCCGAUUCUGGGGCCAUUUGAAUGCAAAAACAAACCACUGUCUCUGUUUCUGAAAGGGAAAUCAGUAACUCUCUGCAUUUUCUGUUCCACAAGAUAUGCAAAAACAAUGCAAUAAUAUUAAUUUUAACUAAAGUUGUGAGUCAUGUUGGCAUUAAAACUGUAUAGAGAUGAAAAACAGCAACAGUAACUUAAGGGGGGGAAAAAAACAACCCAAGAAGGAGUUUUGCUUCGAUAUAUAUUCCAUGUGAUGUUUUAUUGCAUUGAUAAUGUUUCUGUUGAAGAAACCGUAAUACUUGAAUUCAGGUCAGUUUCAGUAUUUUUCAAAUAUUUUUUUAAAACUGAAUUGCAAUUGUGCCAAGCAAAUAUAAUGAAUUGAAUUAAGUUUGUUUUCGAAUUCACUUCUUGUAUAUUUGGCUGCAUGUAAAGUAAACCAUUUUGUAUUUGGAGCGUGAUUAGCUUUCCCUGUGGACUCUUUAAAUGCUUUUUUGCGUAUAGUUGGGGAAGGGGAAAGAUUUUUUUUUUCAUGUGUACAAUAAGCAAAAGCAUUACUGGAGUAAGCAGCUAUUCUGCGGUUCUCAGCUGGAUGGGUUGGAGAUGACUGAUUUUGCAUAUCUUGUGCUCUCUUUUCCCUCUUUCCCUCAAGAAUGGUAUAGUUGGAAAGUUUAGUGCUAAACUCGGCUUUCAAAACCAGGACCUUUUUAUUCCAGUCUUUACAUUCUCCAACCCACUUAGAACCUCUCAAUUGAUGCUUUUCCUCCAAGAUCAGUCAUAUCCUUCUUGCCUGGCUUUCCAUUCUACUCUAGCUGAGUUAACAACAGCAUCAUUCCCCCACCCCACCCCAGCUAAGGAGGUGGCUAACGUCUCUUUUAACUCCCUCAGCAGAAACUUUGCUCUCCAGUUUCCUGAGCAUAUUAUACUAGAGAAAUGACUGACUGAGGGAUGAGAAUGCUAGGGAGUAGUUACUUAGUGCAGUCACUUCAAGAUCUUCCCUCCUCUCAAACACUUAUGGUAAUGCCUUGAGCAAGACCUGGACUAUUGUCACUGCCUCCAUCCUAAAGACUAUUCCCCCUCAUGUUCCGCCAUCAAGGCAUUAUCCUGGACUAACCUAUACUACCAGAAAGUGACAAGAAAGACCUGUGGAGUUAGAGCAGGCAGAGUGUCUUUGAAAGAAGAGAAUGAGCUAGACACAUUUUAUUCUCUGGCCCUUGACAUAUGCCUGAAAUUCCUUCAUGCUUCCCAACGUUUGGCCUGGAGAGGAGCCAAAUUAGGCCCCUUGAUUCUUGAAUCUUUUCCAGUCACCAGUUCUCUUUCAGUUCUUCUUAUGAACAAUGUGGGUUAGAAGUUAAAAUUUGUAAAAGUUCCUUUUAUGGAGAAGAUGAGUCUUCCUACCAUGUAGGACUCAGAGAGGAUCUUAAAAGAAUCAGGAAGAAUCAUUUCCUGAAGAAACCCUGCUUGAAAAAAUCUUCAGCUCAGUUUUUAGCCCAAAUUGGAUUAGAAAAUAAGCUGAAGAUAUGGGUGCUUCUCCCCACCCAUCUUAUUUAAGCUUUCUGGUCUGAUUUUUUUUUUUUUGAUGUACAGGUUUUUUGGAGAUAUCCUGUAGCAACUACCCUGGAGUAACUGGGGAUCUCUGUUCUUGAUCAGAGGAGGAACUCAUUAGGGCUUGCUAUAUUUCCCAUACAAUUGGUCCCCAGAUAAAAAAUGGAGAUCUUAUAGGAUUGUGUUUAUCUUUUUAUGCUGUUUACUGAUUUCCUUCUUCUUCAGGAAUUCUCAAUCAAAUAAUUAACUCAUUAUAUAUUGUAACAUGAGACUAUUAGGUUAAUACUCAUAUCAAAUAUAGUAUCUUAGCCACACUUUUGAGUCCUUCCUUGAGUUCCAAGAAAACCAGAGUAACUCAAUUCUGUACCCUACAAGGCAAUGGCAGUGAUAAUGAUAAUACCUGACCAUAUGUAGAUCAACGGAUUCUGUGUGGAUUCUAGAUUCUGUCUGAUCUUCACUGUCUCCAUAGAGCCAUGAGUCUUUAACCUGAUUUCAUGGUCUGCCAAUCUUAUAACAAUCAUGAUGGUUUGGUAAACUCUGAAUUCAUCCAAGAAAAAAACCAUCUUUCAUUCUCCCCAUGAUAAAAUAGAAACCUCACUUGUGUCCCAAAGACUAGAUACCAUCUUGCAGGGUAUAUUUACCAGACCUUUGCACAUUCAUCUAGAAUGACAAAUAAAUUCUCUAAUGGUUGAAGAUGGUAAGAGCUUUUAGAGGUAUAGACUACGGUUCAGAAACCAUAUUUCCUUUUUAGCCAUUGAUUGGAGACCUACUUCAGAAAGUUAAAGGAAAGACUCUUUUGUCCCCAUAUAAAUCAAAGUCUUCUAAAUUGUCUCCCAUGGCUACAAGAUUUCUUUGGUCUAAAGGUAAAAAUGAAACUCAUUGUUAUGAUUGAAGUUCACUGAUGAAUACUUCCAUAACUUGAAUCAAUCAAUCCUUACUGCCACAUGUCCUGGUUUGUCAAAUUAGUAAACAUUCAUAUUUUUCAGGGACCAUGGUCCUUGCAGUUCGGGCUGAGGAAUGAGACUAUCAGAAUUCUGUCUUUUCUCCCCUCUCUUCAUCUAUUUCCAAUUUCGUCAUGUGCUUACAUUCCAAAUUUCAAGUUCUUCCCUGCAAUGUUGCUGUCAUCCCAUCACCUUAUGACAGUCAUCCUUUUCCUACAAGUUCCUUCAAUGGGAAUAAGAGGACGGGGGGGGGGGGGAAUCCAUGUCCUUUUUUCAAUCCUUUGUGAAAAAUGACGAGCACACUAUUUUUUCCUUCAAUCAUUCAACAAACAUUUAUUAAUCACCUAUUGUGUGCAGAGUAUUGCACAGGCUCUAGGAGAGAUACAGUUUCAAUAAGUCACGUUCUCUGCCCUCAUACAUCUUAUAGUUUUAUAAGGCUAAGGAUUGUUUUUAUACAGAGCGGUGACUGAAUCUUGUCCAUCACUAGUAAGGACAGCACAAGAAAAAAUGAAGUAAGAGUGGAACAGAUGAAAUUCAGUUUGGACUUAAAGUAGAGCUGACUAAUUGGCAGAAGUUCAACCCUAUAGCAUCAGGUAAUUGUUCAACUCUAUAGAAUCAGAAGUGAUGGCAUAUCCAUUCAUGGAAAUGUAGAGAAAAGAGGUCUAAGUUAUUCUAGAGGUCCUUCUUGAGUCAAAGAUUCUAUAGCUAUAGUAUCCAAAGAAAACCAGUCAAGCCACAAAUAGAAUGUUCUGAGACCAUGUGGUCUAAUCCCGUUCUUUAAGGAAAUUGUUUCUACUUGGAGAUUCAAUACACAUGGAACUCUGGGCCUGUGCAAAGAGCUCCUACCUCCUCUAGGAAGAAGGAAAAAGUGAAAGUGAAGGCUAUGGUCCUCUAGCUGAAUCACUGCACAGAAACCACUAUUAUGAUUUGCAAAGGCCUAAAUUGUCUCCUUGGAGGAAAAAAUAAAUAAAUCAUUUCAAUCUUGACUUGUCCCUUCAUCCUCCUAGUCAAAUCAAACAAUUUAUAAGGAAAUAGACAUGUGCAUACAUAUAUAAUAUAUUUAUUAUAUAUGUAUUCUUGCCACUGUACUUCCUCUCUUCCCUGGGCUGUCCAUUUCUUGGUAUCUCUAGAGCACCUCCAAGCCCCCCACAUUAGAUUUCUUUCUUUCUUCUUCCCCUUCAAGAAUGACAGGUGGUAAGAGAGCUUGAAUGCACAGAAUUCAUAGGAUUUCCUGUCACCUCAGAUCUUGUUGUCCAAUAGUUAGGUGCCUUUUUAGUGGGAUAAGGAGUGAAGGCAAGAUCAUGUAAUGACCAAGAGUCAAAGUUCCUUCUCCCUUCCCUAAUCUGCUCUCUCAUUUCUUCCUAGCCCCCUUUUCCAAUCCUCACACAUACUGUCUAACAGAGAGAGAGAUAAAAGAAGUAGCCUAUCCAUUUAUGCUUGGUUUUCUGAUUUUCACUUCAACCUCUCCAUAAUGAUAUCACUGCCAACAACUGACCAAUGACAAAUGCAUUUUUAAAAUAUCUCUUGAUUUUUUUCAAAAUAAUGUUUUUGGUUUGGUUUGUUUCAUUUGCUUUAAGAUUAACACCAGCCUAGCAGGCGGGUGGGUCUUCUGUGUCGUUUCAAAAAUGUUUGAGCUGCCAGUACAUAGCACAUCUACAUACAAACUGUCUCCUGCAAGAAUAAACUUGGGCCAAAUGUUUAGCCAAAGCCCCAGACAUAUGACUUUAUGGUCCUGCUGGGAUAGAUGCUAUAUAAAGUGGCACACUGAUAAAACCAGAAUACUGCAAUGGCAUAGGUUGGUCAAAAUGAAUAAAUUCCUAUCAAUACUGAGAAAUUCUCGUGCUGCUAAAAAUCAAGGUGUUUUUUCUCACCUCUUCUCUUGAGAGAUCUGUGAUUCAUGAGAAAUAAAAUGAUCAAGGAGCCAAGGGCCAGUUGGGUUUUCUGGUAUAGUUGAGUGAUCAUUUUUUUAUGUUUCUAAAAAAAGAAUUAGAAUUGAACUUAUUUAGAGACCAGUUCAACAAUGGGAACUGAGAGGAGUUGGAUUUUCUGUGAAAACUCUAUGCUCCUCUACCAUCCAGUAAGAAAUAGAUGGCCCAAGCAAGUAAAAACUUGAAGUAUCAUCUCAGCAAAACUAAAUCCAUUCCUAUGGGCAUCAUAUAUACCACCAUUUCUCAAAUCGGAAUAACUCAGCUUCCAUAAGACAUCUAGAUAGGGGAAAAUAGCAUUUAGCUGAGUGUCAUUUUUUCUUAUUGAUUCAUUAACUGAAAAUCAGGUGUACAGCUCAUAUGCAGGAAAAAAUAUAUUUCCAUAAGGCCUUCUACAUUGAACAUAUGUGGGUGUUACAUGAGGGCAACUUCUAUGAGAAGGAAUGUGCUAGCCAGUGAACAGCUUCUUAGUGAGAGUUUUUCACGUCAAGAGAAUGCCUUUGGCAUUUCUUUUCUUAAUAUUAAAGGUCUUGGCAGUUUGACAAAGAAAAUGGAGUUUAGUAGCCAUAGGAAUGAAAUAGCUGGGUGAUGAGAAAAGCCGAAAGCAGACUUGAUUUGAUUCAUCUGCAGGAAGCAUUGCUUGAGUUUUCAUUCUGGCAAAAAGGAUGGGCUUUGAUCUGGAGAGCUAUGGCAAAAAGCAGGGGAAAACUGAUCACUGGAUUCUAUGGUACACCAUCCACAACCUUUCCAUUCUGAAAAGACUUCACCAAAGUUAUAAAACUUGAGAAUCAAGGGCAAAUAGUCCUGUCUAAAGGGCUCCCUCAGAAAGUCAUCUUCAUUGAACUGAAUGCUACGAACUCUUUUCACCAUCUGCAUUAACAAACACUCAUCAACCCUAUCCAUACUUUGUGGCUUCAUCUCAUUCCCUCUAGACUCAAGCAUACAUCUUGGGAUUUUCCCCAGCUCACCCUCCACAGUUAUACAUCUUCUGCCCUUCCCAGAACAGGUGACGCUUUUCUCCAAACUUCAGCAGGAAGAUGAACCAUGCAUAUGACCAUAUUGGGAAUUCAGUCUUGCUGCACUGGCGGUAACUGAGAAAGAAUCAAGAAAAAAUGCACACCUUCCCUGGGUUAGGAAUAUAGGAUGGGAGGGGGUGAGACUUGGGGGGAGUCUUCCAGUUGGUCAAGCAUCACAUCACCUGUUACAAAUGCUAGUCUUGUGACUUUGCUUUCUCAUUUUAAUAUCACAGAGUUGUUGAACAAAACUUCCCUUGGUAUAAAUGGCGCCAGCUCUAUUCUCCUACUUUCCUGAACCUUGACCAACCACCUUCUCUUCCAUGUCCAUUCAUCCUCAUGUUCCUCCCUCAACUCAGAGACAUAGACAGUGCCUCUAUUGUUACCACCAACCCAUUACCAACUUCCAUGUACACCUUCACCCCAUCCAGUCUCCAUGAUUUCACAGAAAUGCUCCUGUAAAUAUUGCUGUACAGUUUGUCACUGUUAUUCAAGACUGUCAUUGGAGGCCUCACCUGCCUCACCUUCUCACCCUGUGUGAAAGGGAAGGGAAUCUGAAAAGGGCCAACCCUUUAAGGAAAGUUUCAGGGUCAUCUCUGUGUGGGACACUAUGUAUAUUCCUGUAAGAUUGCAUUUUUAUCUAAGGAAUGAUGUUAUUAAAAAAAAAACAAAAACCACAAAAUUGCAAAUAAAUUUCUUAACAAUGUCUAAA